CAAUAACGCCAGCCUAUACACAAACACUAUGGCGACUGGAAUACGUAUCGCUAUCGAUAGGGGCGGCACCUUUACAGAUGCCUGGGCCCAAGUUCCAGGGAGGGCGACGGAAAUUGUGCUCAAAGUGCUGUCGCAAUGCCCCGAUGAAUACGAUGAUGCUCCGACUGAGUGCAUCCGACAGAUAUUGGAAAUCGCUUCUGGUGUGGCGAUUCCACGCGGAACACUACUAGACCUAAGCCCCGUCGAAUUCAUCCGCAUGGGCACCACGGUUGCCACAAAUGCGUUGUUGGAACGUAAAGGCGAGCGUGUCGCCUUGAUCAUCACCAAGGGGUUCAGAGACAUUCUUAAGAUCGGCAAUCAGGCCCGCCCACAUAUUUUUGACUUGUCCGUUCAUCGGUUGAGCAAAUUAUACGACACCGUCCUUGAGGUUGACGAAAGAGUCACGAUUGAGGGUUUCGCCGAGGAUCCGGACCCAAAACCCAUCGAUGUGAAAUUAGAUCCUGCAUUGAGGAUCGGAUUGACAGGAGAAGCCGUCCGGAUCUUAAAGGUCCCCGACUAUGACCAAGUCCGACAAGACUUGACUGUUCUGUGGGAUUCAGGAUGUCGAAAUCUGGCCAUUGCGAUGAUGCACUCAUAUACAUUCCAGGAUCACGAACUUGAGAUCGCCGCUAUCGCUAGAGACUUGGGUUUCAGAGUCGCAGUGUCCUCCGAACUACAAAAAAUGGCUAAGCUCGUGCCUCGAAGUCAAUCUGCUGUAGCAGAUGCCUACUUGUCACCCAUUACAGAUGAUUAUCUGGCCGCCUUUCGCAAAGGUUUCAAGGGACAACUGGAGGAUGAGCACGGCAGCAAACUGUUUCUCAAUCAGUCAGAUGGAGGUUUGACUGCUUUCAACAACUUCACCGGUCUUCGUGGUAUCCUGAGCGGGCCUGCAGGUGGAGUGAUUGGUCUGUCGAGAACGUGCUAUGAUGCGAGAGAAGGAACUCCAGUUCUCGGCUUUGAUAUGGGCGGUACAAGUACCGAUGUAGCACGCUACGCAGGAUCCCUCGAGCACAUCUUUGAGAGUACGAUUGCUGAAGUCACCAUUCAGACUCCUCAGUUAGACAUCAAUACAGUCGCUGCUGGUGGAGGUUCAAUACUCUCGUGGGAGAACGGCCUGUUCAAAGUUGGACCAACUAGUGCUGGUGCCAACCCCGGCCCAGCAUGCUAUGGACGAGGUGGCCCACUGACCGUCACAGACGCCAACUUCUUCUUAGGAAGAAUAAUUCCUGAUCUCUUUCCACGCCCGCUUGACUUGGAGGUUGUCAAGGAAAAAUUUCAGAGCAUCACCGACAUCAUUAAUAGAGAAAAGGAUGGAAAUACCAAACUUACCCCUGAGGAGGUUGCUAUGGGGUUCUUGUCAAUCGCCAAUGCAACUAUGACCAGACCGAUCAGAACUCUCAGCGAGGGUCGGGGGUUUGAAACAGCCAGCCAUAACCUUGGAUGCUUUGGAGGCGCUGGUGGCCAACAUGCUGUCGCUGUCGCUCGUGAUCUGGGUAUCCAACAGGUCAUAAUCCCCCGCUAUUCAAGCAUACUUUCAGCAUAUGGAAUGGCGCUCGCAGAUGUGGUCGUGGAGAAUCAAGAGCCUGAGGCCCUAGCAUUCUCUGAAGAGGCUCUGGGAAAACUGCAAGAUCGAUUUGACCGUCUUGCAGCCGAAGGUACGAAGAAAUUGAUCGCACAAGGGUUCCAAACGGAUCGAAUCCAGCAUGAAAACUUCUUGAACAUGCGAUACCACGGUAGCGAUACAGCGUUGAUGAUCCAGAAUCCUGGUAGUAUCUCCGAUUUUGGCAAAGCAUUCACUGAACGCCAUCAGCUGGAAUUCGGCUUUGUUCAGCCACGGGAUAUUCUGAUAGAGGACGUCAGAGUGCGCAGUGUUGGAAGAGGUGCUGAUCUGGAGUUGAUCAACCCGUUUGAAGAACUUCGACGGGUUCAGGCCACACCCCCAGCAACGCCCAUUCCGCCUUCUUCCACUCGAAAAGUAUACUUUGAGAAUCAAGGCUGGACCGAAACAGGACUGUACUUCCUGGGCGAUUUGCCUCUGGGAACGAGAGUGAAGGGCCCAGCGAUUGUCGUUGACAAGACGCAGACAAUUGUUUUGGAUCCAUCCAGCGCAGCUGUCAUUCUCUCAGAACAUUUGAUCCUCGACAUUCUUGAUGUUGAGAAACAGGAAAUAUCAACUGAUGUCGUUGAUCCUGUUCAGCUUAGUGUGUUUGGUCACAGGUUCAUGAGUGUCGCCGAACAAAUGGGCCAGACUAUGCAAAAGACAUCAAUCUCUGUCAACAUCAAGGAACGUCUUGACUUUUCUUGCGCCGUGUUUUCUGCAGACGGUGGGCUUGUGGCGAAUGCUCCUCACAUUCCCGGGCAUUUGGGAUCUAUGAGUUAUGCCAUUGCCUACCAAGCCAGGCUCUACGGGCCAGGCGAGUUGAAGCCUGGUGACGUAUUGUUGAGCAAUCAUCCAUGCUCAGGUGGAACCCAUCUGCCUGAUCUCACGGUCACCACCCCAGUGUUUGAUGACGAGGAGAAUCCAACCAAGAUCCUCUUUUUUGUGGCAAACAGAGGUCACCAUGCGGAUAUUGGGGGCAUUCAACCUGGUUCGAUGCCUCCACAUUCAACUGAGUUGUGGCAAGAAGGUGUGGCUGUGGAGACAUUUAAGAUGGUGAAAGAGGGCAAAUUCGACGAGGAAGGCCUUACACGAAUUUUGUUUGACAUCCCUGGCUCUUAUCCUGGAUGCUCUGGCACGAGGACGCUCAGAGACAACAUUGCCGAUCUCAAGGCCGCUAUUGCAGCGAACAACCGUGGAAUCCACCUUAUUACCGCCCUCAUCAAGGACUACACUUGGCCUGUCGUACAAUUUUACAUGGAUGCUAUCCAGAACAAUGCAGCACAGGCCGUUCGUCAUUUACUCAAGGACUUUUCGAAGCGAUUCGAGGGUCAAGACCUCCAGGCCGAGGACCAUCUAGAUGAUGGAACCCCUUUGGUCUUACAGAUCAAUAUUGACAGCGAGUCUGGAGACGCCGUCUUCGAUUUUACCGGCACAGGGCCAGAGCAUUAUGGUAACUUGAACUGUCCUCCUGCAGUUAUGUACUCUGGAAUCAUGUAUUGCUUAAGAUCAAUGAUCUCGACGGAGAUACCGCUCAAUCAAGGCUGUCUUCUGCCCAUAAAGCUCAAGAUACCACCAAAUACCAUCCUCUCUCCAUCUCUAAAAGCUGCCACAGUUGGAUCGAAUGUGGAAACGUCGCAGAGAAUUGUGGACUUGAUUUUCAAAGCAUUCCAAGCCUGUGCAGCUUCGCAAGGAACUUGUAACAAUCUGACCUUUGGCUACGGCGGCACUGAUCCAGAAACCGGUAAAGUCGUCAAAGGCUUUGGGUACUACGAAACUAUCGCUGGUGGUUCAGGGGCUGGUGCCGAUUGGGAAGGUGAGAGUGGUGUACAUACACAUGUGACUAAUACCCGAAUCUCCGACCCCGAGAUAUUCGAGCGUCGGUAUCCUGUCAUCCUGCACGAAUUUUCGAUCCGAGCUGAUAGUGGUGGGGCGGGCCUUCAUCGCGGAGGAGAUGGCUGUGUUCGUGAUAUCGAGUUUCGAAUCCCGAUGCAGGUCUCGAUUCUUUCAGAACGGCGAGUAGUUCCGCCCUACGGCAUGGCUGGAGGCAGCCAAGGGAAGAGAGGAGUUAACCUCUGGAUUAGAGGAGAUCCCGAAGACGGUACGACAAGAACGAUCAGCCUAGGAGGCAAGGCAACGGCAAAGAUGAAUGCCGGAGACAGGAUUAUCGUGCUCACUCCAGGUGGAGGUGGAUAUGGACCUGAUCCGACCCGACCGGAGAGGAAACAAGUCUUUGGAGCAUUCAGGAUUGGUGACAAGUUUGCAAAGGCAAAUGCCAGAGGCAGCGGAAGCGUGGCUCAGAGGGAGGCGACUGCUACGGGUAACUAGGAAGGUCUGAUGAGGGAGGACCUGCUGUUGAGUUGUGUUGUUUCGUUGGCACUCAAACUUAUGAGCAUAUAGCAGAUAGCUAAGGACUGAGCAUUUAUGGAAUUGUGUAUCAUCAAAA